AUGCUUUCCGGUAUCAUCGGUAAGGGAACGGCGUACGAUGUGCAGAAACAAUUCGCGGCGAACGUCAAUGAUGCCAUCGCGUCUCCGGUGGAUUUACCGACAGCCAUCAAGUGUUACCAAGACACUUUGCAAGAUGGUGUGAAGUCGACUACGUGUUCGGCAUGGGGUUGUACAGGGCCCCUGAGCGACAUGCAACUGAGGAUCCAUAAAGUGGUGGGCUAUAACAACGAAAUCAUCAUAGCGACCAGCGAUCAAAAGUUGGGCGUCAACCCCGAUAUCAACGGCUUCUUCUCUGUGGUCCUCAUGGCCCUUGUGGAUGGAAAUUACAAGUUCCGGUGGGUGGACGUUGGUGCUUACGGAAGUAUGUCUGAUGCUCAGAAGUUCAAUGAGUGCGAGCUCAAGGAUUGCCUCGAAGACUGGAGCAUGGGGUGUCCUGAUCCGUUCCCCUUACCCCAAGAUGACGAGCGUAUGCCAUGCUAUAUUCUGGGAGAUGAUGCCUUUGGAAUAAGGGCCUUCUUCAUGAAACCGUAUGGUCAUAGGACUCUCCAGAGAGACGAGAGAAUCUACAACUACAGGGUUAGCAGGGACCGACGGGUAGUCGAAAAUACAUUUGGAAUCAUGGCCCAAAUACAGUUGGAAAAUCCUCCUCCCCACCAUGCUGCCAAUGCCUUCCGUUGUGAAGGACAUCAUUGA